ACUGUCUCUCACAUCUGGAGGGUAGCUGGAGUGGUUGUGUGACUCCUCGAAUGCUAUGGGACAGCGUGUGUUUGGACUAGACGUCAGACUUCAGUGCCUUUCAGCAAACGUUGGUCAGAAGGGCCCUUGCAGUUGGUGAGACCAGACGCUUCACACUCAUAAGAGAGAGAACAGAGAGCCAGCUAUAUUUUGCUUUUGAUGUGCAGUAGACCUCAGCAGUGAACAUGGCCUUUCCCAAGCAUUCCAUCCUGCAGGCCCUGGGUGUGCUGCUCUUGGCUGGGCUGUUGGUGCGUUGCCAGGCCCCUUUAGAUCCAGAGGAAGAGGAGGAGGAAGAGACCAACAUCACAACAUUAGUGUCGAAACCCGAGGUGUCUGAGUGUCCGGCAGAGUGCAGCUGUACAGCGGAAGGGGCAGUGGACUGCGCUGGAGUCGACCUCACAGAGUUCCCCCCCGAGCUAUCAGAGAGAACUCGCCAGCUCUCCCUGCAGAACAACAAAAUUGAGGAGAUAACAGUGGAGCACAUUUCCCAUCUGCAUCAGCUUGAGACUCUGAACCUCCAGAACAACUGGCUAACAACAGACGGCCUUGAAGACGAAGGUUUCGAGAUGCUGGAACAGCUGGCUUAUUUGUACUUGGCUAACAACAAGCUCACCUCAGCACCAAAAGCUCUGCCCCCCUCUUUGGUUAGUGCUGAUUUUGCUGCCAACGAGCUGACGAAGAUCUACCCAUAUACGUUUGGUCAUAAGCCAAAACUAAGGUCAGUGUAUCUGCACAACAACAAGCUGACAGACGUGGGGCUUCCUGAACAUAUGUUCAAUGCCUCUGACAGCCUGGAGAUCCUCACCAUGUCCAGCAACUUCCUGAGGGUCGUCCCAAGGAACCUGCCCACCUCCCUCUACCGUCUUCAUCUCAAGAGCAACAAGCUGGAGAAAAUCCCAGCAGGGGCCUUCGACAACUUGUCAAACCUCAGGGAGCUGUAUCUCCAGAACAACCUCCUCAGCAAUGAGGGCAUGGACAACGAGACUUUCAGCUCACUGAGCAGUCUGGAGUGCCUGGACUUGUCAAAUAACAACCUGAGUGUCGUCCCAAAGGGUCUGCCUCGCAAUCUAGUGCUGCUGCACCUGGAGAAGAACUCUAUCCGCAGCAUCCCAGGAGAUGCUCUUACUUCAGUGCGAAACCUUGAGUACCUACUUCUCCAUAAUAACAAACUCCGCUCACGUUCCAUCCACCCGGCUGCAUUCCAGGGCCUGAAGAAGCUGCACACUCUCCACAUGUACAACAACUUGCUGGAGCGGGUUCCAAGGGGUUUGCCUCGAAGGGCCAAGACCCUUAUGCUACUCCACAACACCAUCAAUGAAAUUGGGCGCAAUGACCUGUCUUUACUGUACACGCUUACUGAGCUCAACCUCAGCUACAACAAACUGACUAGCCCCAGGCUGCACCGAGAUUCCUUCAGGAAGCUGCGUAUACUAGAAACUUUAGAUCUGUCAGGAAACAGCCUCCACUCAAUGCCAAUGGGUCUUCCUCGCAGCCUGCAGGUGCUCGAAAUCAAGAACAACCAGCUGAACUCCAUUCCAGACGGUUCACUGACUGGCAUGGAGAAGCUACAAAAAGUCAUCCUGAGCAACAAUCAACUGAAACUGAAUUCAGUCUACCAGGGAGCCUGGAUGGAGCUCAGUGCGCUCAAAACGCUUGACCUGUCCGGAAACCAGCUGUCACACAUCCCCUCGGACCUGCCGGAGUCUCUGGAGUACCUGUACCUGCAGAGUAACCGCAUCUCCACUAUUCCUGCUUCAGCAUUCGAAGGCACUCCAAAUAUCAAACGCAUUUACCUUAGGUUUAACCGUCUGUCUGCGAAGGCCGUGGAUGAGAGCUCUUUUGCACACCUGUCCAAAUUACAAGUGCUGGACAUCGGCACAGGAAACAGCAACACCCCCUUUAAGAUGGACGAGAUGGAGGAUGACAUGAUGGAAGAGGAGCAGGACACAUAAGCCGAGCUGAAUUCAACUGACAUUGGACUGCAUUGUGUUGUGGACAGGAAGGGUUUUACGAUGGGAGUGAGCCUGUGAAUGUCAUUUCCCAGGUGUAUUAAUGUAUUGUACUGAGAGUUACAUAUUUCUGGUGCAGGAUACCGGAGGAGAAUUUUCCAUGAUGUGGGCUGGUUUGUGUUCUAUAUCUUUAUAUGCGAGCUAAUAGAUGACUGUUGUAAAACAACAGUUUUCACCCAGUUGUGCUUUUGUGUGGUGUUCAAAGCUAUUGCAAAAUUGAAUGUGAAUUUUUCUAUAUGAACAUUUUGGAAGCAAAAUCAACAAACUUAUGCAGAUUAAAAACUGAAAGAUGUUGUUCAUCCUGUGUUCAUCCUUUGAUGGCUGCCUUGUAUCCUGUCCUUGAAAAAGAAAAAAUGUUGAACAAUUUGUACUUAAAACACAAAGGCUCCCAAAACAAGCAUUCGGACCCGCACUGACGCUAACAAAGAAAAAUCAAACAGUUGAAUGAAACACUCAAGCAAGAAGGCCUGCUCUCACAAAAGGAGGCAUUUCAGAUCAUAUCCAAUUUUCUUUGACUUAUUUUUCUGCUAUUACUUCUUUCAAAUCUAGGAAAGCUGAUCACCAAGUUGAAGGGAUUUUCAUCUUUUCUUUUGUUAAAUAAGGGGAGUAAAACCUUUCUUGAGAAGCUCAAAAGUACCUCUGAAAUCAAAUGCAUAAAGUUAGGUUAUUUGUGUUACACAUGUCUGUCACUCAUCAUCACAUAUUGUUGUUAUGGUUCAAGGCAUGAGCUGAUGCGAUCUGACUUGUGGUGGUGUGGGAUUGGCAUCGUACCCCAUCGGCUCACCAAAACACACAUUUAACUUAAAACAGCUGCUUUUGCUCAGGACGGAGCAGUCUGCAGCAGAACAUAUUUUUAUCAUGCUCAUGGUUAUGGAAAGUCCAGUGACUCUUGUUUGAGUGUUCAUUAUGUUUCUUUCCUCUUCUCCUCCUCUAUGCUGCUAAUUUGGUGAAGAAUGCUGCAACAGCCUGCAUUUGUCAACAGAGCUGUUGAUCAUGACAUCACAUCCUCUCUUUAUUUUUAACAUCAAAUAACUGAAUCAAAAUAAUCUUCUUAAAAAUAUGAACACUCGUACAUAAAUCGCCUGAUAAGAACGUACUGCUGCUACAGAAAAGAGGAGAAAGAGAACAUUUUUGUGAUGUGUGUUUCAUGUUGUGAUCAUGUCUUUUAUACAGUCUAUGAUCUUGCCAAACGUAGAAAAACGUCCUUACACAGGUAUUAUUGGUGAUAUAUUUUCAAGUGUUUACGUUUUUGGAAAACAUUUAAACAUGUAGGUGACUGUUCCUCCUCUGGUGAAAUUAAAUGCUUUCUUGAAUUUCAA